AUGGCGGCUGUGAAUUUGAACAGUUUCUAUCAUCGUCCAGAGGCCAAUUUCUCCCCUAGCUUGUGGGGUGAUCGCUUCAUCAAUUACAUUUCUGACUCCAAUGUGAAAGAAAAGUAUUCCAAGACAGUUGAAGAACUGAAAAAUGAUGUUCGAAAUCUGCUAACAGCUCCAGAAACCAACAUGAUAGACACCAUGAAUCUGAUCGACACCCUUGAGCGUUUAGGCAUCUCGUAUCAUUUUGAAAACGAGAUCGAAGAGAAAUUGCAACAUUAUUUCCAUCUCAAUACCAAUUAUCAGGAUGAUGAAGUCUAUGACUUGUGCACUGUUGCUCUCCAUUUUAGAUUGUUUAGGCAGCAUGGCCACCCUAUAUCUACUGAAAUAUUUGGUAAAUGGGUGGAUGUGGAGGGAAAAUUCAAGGAUGACCUCAAGAGUGAUGCGAAGGGUCUGCUGAGUUUGUAUGAAGCUUCGCAUCUGAGGACACGUGGAGAAACCGUACUAGAUGACGCGCUUGCUUUUACUACGGCCACUCUCAAAUCCAUAGCGCCAAACCUUGGAUCGCCCCUCAAGGAACAAGUUGUGCAUGCCCUCAUGCAGCCCCUGCAUUUGGGCCUUCCGAGGAUUGAAGCGCGCAGGUUCAUCUCCGUGUACGAAGAUGAAGAGAACAAAAACGAAACCCUGCUUAAUCUUGCCAAAUCAGACUAUAACAUGUUGCAGAUUCUACACAAUGAAGAACUCCAGCAAGUCUCAAGGUGGUGGAAAGAAAUAGGCAUUAUCUCGAAACUUCCUUAUGCAAGGGAUAGAGUGGUGGAGUGUUUCUUUUGGGCUAUGGGAGUGUACCAUGAGCCGCAAUAUUCUCGUGCUCGUAUCAUGCUCACCAAGACCAUUCUUAUGAUAUCUCUACUCGAUGACACAUACGACUCUUAUGGUACAAUCGAGGAACUCGAUGUUUUCACUAAGGCAAUACAGAGGUGGGAUUAUGGAGAAAUCGAUGGACUCCCCGAGUACAUGAGACCUCUCUACAAAGUUGUUUUGGAACUCUUUGAGCAAAUCGAAGAGGAAUUGGCCAAGGAAGAUCGAUCCUACGCAGUGCACUAUUCCAUAGAAUCACUAAAGGAAGUGGUGAGGAGCUACUAUGUGGAAGCGAAGUGGUUUAUAGAGGGAUACUUGCCACCAUUUGAGGAAUACCUAGAGAUUGCUCUCAUUACUUGCACCUACUGUUAUAUCGCCACCACUUCUCUUCUAGGAAUACAAUCAGCUAUAAAAGACGACUUCGAAUGGCUAGGUAAGAAGCCUAAAAUGCUGGUGGCCGCACUCACAGUGUGUCGAGUGGUUGAUGACAUAGCUACCUAUGAGACAGAGAAGGAGAGAGGUCAAGUUGCUACUGGCAUUGAAUGCUACAUGAAAGAGAAUGGUGCGACGAAAGAAGAGGCGAUGGCCAAAUUUGCUGAAAUGUCUACAACUGCUUGGAAGGAUAGCAACCAGGAGAAUCUUUGUGACAAGUCGAGGGAUAUUCUUAUGAACAUAAUAAUCAAUAUGGAACGCUUAGUCGAUGUUACUUACAAGAACAAUGAAGAUGGAUAUACUCAUCCCCAUAAGCUUUUGAAGCCUCAUAUUGUUGCAUUGCUAGUCGACCCCAUCAAGAUUUAG